AACACACCGUGUAAUCACAAACACCACCAGGGAAAACAAUUACCCUUUGUGUUAUAACACCGAGAGGAAUUACAUAGUUCAAGUAGAAAAAUGGAUAGAGUAAGAGACUUGGCGUCAAAGAAGGCAGCAGUUAUAUUCACCAAGAGUUCAUGUUACAUGUGCCACAGCAUCACGCAACUCUUCUAUGAGCUCGGAGCAAGCCCUGCGGUGCAUGAGCUCGACAAGGAUGCUUAUGGGAGGGAAAUGGAGUGGGCUUUGAGGAGCAUGGGGUGUAACCCUUCGGUGCCUGCAGUCUUCAUUGGUGGCAAAUUUGUAGGCUCAUCCAAGGAUGUCAUAUCCCUCCAUGUUGAUGGUUCCCUCAAACAAAUGCUUAUGGCUGCCAAGGCCAUAUGGUUUUAGUCUCAACUCUCCAAUAAAACUCACAAGCUCCGUAAGACAUAUCAAGGACCUUUUAUACAAUGUUUUAUGUCAGGGACACCCCUUCUUUUUCCUGAGUGUCCUCUUUUAGCUAGUAUCAAAGAGGAAGUCUGUAAAAAAACAUAUAGUCUUGCUUUUUACUGUUCUAUAAAAGGUUGGCUAGCUUACCACAUAGCUAUUGCCUACCAUCUUAUCAUACUUCA